AUGACCGGAAAACGGAAGUCAACGAGAAAGAGGCCGCGCUAUGGUGGGGGUUGGGGGGCUGGUGGCAAAAGACGUAAGGAUGGCGGUGGUAAAAGAAGGACAGAUGCUGAUCGAAAGCGUAAAAAUCGUGGUGGAAAUAAGCACCACAAAGGAGGAAAUGGAGUUGGAAGGGCGUUUGGCCCCAGAAAGGAUGAUAAAGGAAAAAAUGGGACAACAGUUCCCGAUGUACCGAUAAACGAAAAAGCACCGGAAGUACUGACAAAUGAAAAAGCACCGGAAGUACCGACAAAUGAAAAAGCACCGGAAGUACCGACAAAUGAAAAAGCACCGGAAGUGCCAACCAACGAAAAAGCACCGGAAGUGCCGAUAAAUGAAAAAGCACCGGAAGUGCCGACAAAUGAAAAAGCGCCAGAUGCAUCAAUCACCGAAAAAGCACCCGAAAUGCCGAUCACCGAAAAAGCACCGGAAGCACCAAUCACCGAGAAACCACCUGAUGCUUCAAACCCUAACCCUACCACCCCUUCAUCCACCGGAAAUGUCACUCCUCCUCCUCCCACAGACAACCAAGCCGUCACGCCUCCGUCCGACUAUGACGGAGGAAAUUCGACCCUUGACUAUCCCGACUUUGGUGACAACAGUACCGUCGACUAUCCCAAUUACGACCCCAACGCGACAGAAGACCCCACGAUGGCUAACAGCACCAUGCCACCAGAUUACUACGUUGACGACGGAAAUGAUGGGAACGGAACUUCCAACUCAACCGGCGGAGGGGGAAAGAAACGUAAAGGGAAGCGAUGGUGGCGCUGGUGGCGUAGAUACCGUUGGAAAAGUGGCAAAGGAAAGAAAAAGGGGUUUAAAUUCGGCGGCGGGAAAUUUAAAAACCAAGGAAAAGGAGGCUGGAAGCACAAUAAUGGGAACGGGGUCAGCGUCGGACAUAAGGUUGCAGAGGGCGCAAACAAAGGUAAUAAAGGUCCGGAGUCUCCACCGGGGAAGCGUAAUUUCUUUAAAGACGCCAAAUAUGCGGCGAAGGAGUCCGCAGCGAUUGGACGGGCAAUGAUGAUGGGUCCACCAAAGAUAGGAAUGCCAUUUGGUCAUUUUGGGGGAGGUAAGAAGGGAAAAGGAUAAAGACGCGGAGUCCAUAAGUUGACGAAUCAGAAUUAGUAUCUGGAUCAAAAAUAAUGCAAUGUAAACC